AUGCGUGUAUCAGCUUUUGCUCUCAUAUCCCUGAUUGCGGUUGUUCCGGCAGCUUCCGCACCUAUCGAGGCAUUCAUCCCCAUUGCAGACUCGCCCUUGUCCGAGAUAGGGUUGGUAGGCCCCAGUGAAAUUCCCAACCUAAAUCUUCUAAAUGCUUCACCUCACGGAUCCAUCCUGAAGCAUUUCGGGAGGCAGAUCCGCAUUGCCGAUCACAACGUCGGGGGGAACAUGACAUGGCCACUGGCACCCAGUGCGGGCCUUCUCAAACGCAGCAAGAAAUCAGAGGCCAUCGAUCGCGCGCGGAUGAAGAUGCAGCAGCAGAACGCGCCCCUGCCUUCCGCAACACCCCCACCCCCACAGCCGCAAGCUGAGUUGUUCGCAGCCCCCAUGGGGGCGUCUACAUCAGCCCUGCAGGGACUCGGCGACGCGAGGGCGAGCGGAUCGGACGGCUUCCACCAGCUGCUCGGCACCGCUUUCGAUUCAAAUAGUACACCGAAUGACCCCGUACCCAACGGGACGCAGACAACGACGUCGGCCGGCGUGAUGCCCACGUUCCAAAAGGUCGCAGCCACAGCUGUGUCUACGCCCAUCGACCCCAGGUACACCACGAGCACCACGAGUACUCCUCACUCGCCUCACGCCGCUCUCCGCUCCCGUCGUGGAGACCUCGGCCGUGAGCUUACGGCCCACAACUCAGUAGCCCAUCCUGCCGACAGCAAGGGCCAUUCUAUGGUCGUCAACACAAACGCGAUACUACCGGAGCCAUCGAGCGCUGAUCAAGGACCAAAGGAUGCUUAUGAGGACGUGGGCUUGAUCGAUAUCGACAGCAACCGGCCCCCACCGCCUCAGCCUUUAGCAGCUGCGUUGCCCAAGUCCACCGCUUACAUGACGGGUAUCCCGGAAAAGAUAGAGCAGAACCCUGCGAAUGCCACUACACCUGUCUGA